ACCGUAUCUGUCUGGAAAUUUGUCUCGUGGGUUAGACUCAAACAUAUUCCGCGCAUUUAGACACUAUUUGUAUGUCCGAUAGGCUAGUCGUUUCACGUUUUAACACCCGUCGGAGUUAGUUUCCUGAUUCGCUCUGGAGAAUGGCUGCUGCUGAGGUAAACGGUAGUUCUGCCCCGGCAAAGGAGGAGGAAGAGCCUAUGGAUGUGACCACAACACACACAGAGAACUACCAGACCCUUCUUGAUGCUGGGCUGCCCCAGAAAGUAGCUGAAAGUCUAGAUAAUAUCUUCCAGACAGGCCUAGUGGCAUACGUUGACCUGGAUGAAAGGGCUAUCGAUGCACUGCGGGAAUUCAAUGAGGAGGGAGCGCUUACUGUGCUGCAGCAGUUCAAAGAGAGCGACCUGUCCCACGUACAGAAUAAAAGUGCUUUCCUUUGUGGAGUUAUGAAAACCUACAGGCAGAGAGAAAAACAAGGAAGUAAGGUACAAGAGUCCACCAAGGGCCCAGAUGAGGCAAAAAUAAAGGCCCUGUUGGAGCGCACAGGAUACACCCUGGAUGUCACUACAGGCCAGAGAAAAUAUGGGGGUCCUCCACCUGAGGAUGUGUUCAAAGGCACUCAUCCAGGCAGUGGAACUGAGGUUUUUGUUGGAAAAAUCCCCAGGGAUUUGUAUGAAGAUGAGCUGGUGCCGCUCUUUGAGUCUGCUGGUCCCAUCUGGGACCUCAGGUUAAUGAUGGACCCUUUAUCUGGUCAGAACAGAGGUUAUGCCUUCAUCACAUACUGCAAUAAGGAUGAUGCACAGAAGGCUGUGAAGCUUUGUGAUAACCAUGAAAUCCGCCCUGGCAAGUACUUGGGAGUUUGUAUAUCUGUUGCAAACAAUCGCCUGUUUGUCGGAUCGAUUCCAAAGAACAAAACAAGAGAAAGUAUAUUGGAAGACUUUGGCAAAGUGACAGAGGGUCUCCAAGAGGUGAUAUUGUAUCAUCAGCCGGAUGACAAGAAAAAGAACCGUGGUUUCUGUUUCCUCGAGUAUGAGGACCACAAGUCCGCGGCACAGGCUCGCCGUCGCCUGAUGAGCGGCAAGGUCAAAGUGUGGGGGAACCCGGUCACUGUGGAGUGGGCUGACCCUGUAGCUGAACCAGACCCAGAGGUCAUGGCUAAGGUAAAGGUGCUCUUUGUGAGGAAGCUGGCAACAGCAGUGACUGAGGAGCUUCUUGAAAAGACCUUUUCCCAGUUUGGAAAGCUGGAACGAGUGAAGAAAUUGAAAGACUACGCUUUUGUCCAUUUUGAAGAGAGGGAUGCUGCCGUAAAGGCAAUGGAGGAGAUGAAUGGGAAGGAACUGGGAGGAGAAGAAAUUGAGAUUGUCUUGGCAAAGCCCCCAGAUAAGAAGAGGAAAGAGCGCCAAGCAGCUCGGCAGACUACCAGAAAUGCGGGGUAUGAUGACUACUACUACUAUCCACCUCCACGCAUGCCUCCGCCGGGCCGAGGCAGGGGCCGUGGUGGCCGAGGGGGCUAUGCCUAUCCACCUGAUUACUAUGGCUAUGAUGACUACUACGAUGACUACUAUGGCUACGACUAUCAUGACUACCGUGGUGGCUAUGAAGACCCUUACUACGGCUACGAAGACGUGUACACCAUGAGGGGCCGUGGUACUCGUCCCAGCAGGGGAGGUCCACCUCCUCCCAGGGCUCGUGGAGCUCCACCGACACGAGGCCGGGGUGGCUACGCCCAAAGAGGGCCACCCCUCGGUGGUCCGAGGGGUGGCCGAGGAGGGCGAGGUGCCCCUUUCCAGCCUCAGAGGGGCCGCGGUCCUCGCGGGGCCAGGGGCAAUCGCGGCGGCAACGUCGGCGGAAAGAGGAAGGCAGACGUGUUUAACCAGCCUGACUCCAAGCGCCGCCAGACCAACAACCAACAGAACUGGGGGUCCCAGCCCAUCGCCCAGCAGCCCCUGCAGCAAGGGGCCGACUAUUCUGGUGGAGAAGCAUUGAGAGCGGCACCGCUAGAAUGAGGAACUCACCUGAACGGUACUCAAGGGUGAGCUAGCCUUGCACAGAGUACUGUCUCCUCUUCUCUAGCUAAUUGUAAUCACUGGAGAAACACUAGCCCUAAUUAUACACUAUGCUUUUAUCAUCUCUUUGCUAAUAUACUCUGCUGUGAAGCAACGUUUUUUUCCUUGGGGUUUUUUUUUGGGGGGGGGUGAUUUUUUUUUUCCCUCUCUCCUCUUUUCCAGGCUAUCAAGAAGAAUCAAAAAUUGAUUGAAGAAUCAUUGAAAAUAAUUCAAACCGGCAGAUUUCUGGGGUUUAGAGAACAUGGGAAUAAUGGGUACUUCAUUCACAAUUAUAAUGCCAAUUUUUCAUCUAAAGGUCAAUGGGAGUCGUGCACAAAUUUAGACUGAUUAAACAGCCAGAAGGGCAGCCAGCCAAGGAAUUUGGUAAGCAUUUGUAAACCUAAAACUAUGCAAAACACCUGCUGCCUGUCUCAGCUUACUGCACCAAAAUCGUCUGUUGUCUCCACGCGUUCUUUAAUUUGGGCGGUGGGUGCGGAAUGGACACUUUUCCCCUUCUGUGCCACUAGAGGUAGCAGCUCUGCACCAGCACUACCAGUGGUGCAUUGUUUCCUUUGCCGAUGCUGCACUUAUUGGCUAUUUUCAGAGCUGAAUAGGCGUUAAUUAGGGGGUCCAUAUUUACUAGAGAAGUUACUUUUCAUAUUUAUUCAAUCCGAUUUUGAGCUGCUAACUUAAACAUCUGUGAGACUGGCCUGUGUUUAAACAAAGGCUGCACCUCUAAACUGAUGUCUUUACCCUUUACCGCCACAAGAUGGCAGUAGAAGGGCUACAUUAUUUGUGUUUCACAGGUAAGCCGGGGAUGUAGAGCUAGUUACUGACACACACACAUUUUGAUUAAAGUGCCUGCAAAUGCUGGAGUUUCCAUAACAGCCUCUCAUGUCAGAACUGUGUCUUUAUAUGUUGCCUCUUGUCACCAGGCAGUAAAGGAGCUGCCCCCAUCCAUGUGAAUGGGUUCACAGAAAUGGAAAGGACUGAUUGGGACUGCUAUCCCUGAUGAUAAACCACAUACCACAAGAUGAGGAAGGUGCAGAGGUCCAGAACCCAGGGGGGCACAUCAGCAACGUUAGGCUCAACAGAAGUCAGAGAAAUCGAAGAAAAACAUGGACACGUGACCCACAGCUCCAUCAGAGGCCUUUGCCUCCGCCUAGUAGGCUGCCACUGCUCAUUCAUCCAGCUCAAAGAUUUACUGCUGGAAGAGGGAACGAUCUAUCUAUCGGACUGUUUGAUACAUGUUAUUGCACAAAUAAAUUUGCAGCUUUGUGUGUGCUUA